AUGAUGCUGUCCAGAUGUGCUUUAGCGCUGGUGGCUCCAAGAUAUCUAUUUCCCCGAGCAGCGUUGGGACGAGGGCAGAAUCUCGUUCGAUGGCAUUUGCACUCCACCAGCACGACAACAGCAGAGGCAGUGUCCGACAAUACUAAUAAGGAAGAAGAUGCCAACAAGUACAGAAUUCCCAGAAAGUUUGUGUCCUACCCAUUUGAUUACCAUGAAGAAUUGACGGUUCAGAUUGACACUUUGACCAACUUGGGCAUGGGAAUUGCCAGAAUCCACCUGGCCGAUCACACUACACUCAACAAUACUGACACAACAAACGACAGUGACAACAACAAUACUACUAAUACUAAUACUAACAAUACACAAAAAUGGGUGAUUAUGGUCCCCAACGUGAUUCCGGGAGAAACCGUGGUGGCCCGUAUUUUUCGCAAUCACAAAUCGUACAGUGAAGCCGAUUUGAUUUCAGUGGUGGAAGCGAGUCCCGAUCGGAUACCACCCACAUGUCCUUUGGCAUCCGAGUGCGGGGGAUGUCAAUAUCAACACAUGCCCGUUGCACUGCAACGGCAUUGGAAAACCAAACACGUCCAAGAAUGUUUCCAACAGCAUCACGUCGAUUUGCCGGUGCCCGUACAACCCACCAUGGGCACGGAUCAAGUAUUUGGAUAUCGAUCCAAAAUUACACCUCACUUUCAGGCUCCUGGAGGUAUGAAACGACGCAAAGGAAAACGAAAACAAAAAGCACUUGACGACAAUACUCCACCACCCAUGAUUGAAGCGAUUGGAUUUCAAAGACGAUCGGUGCGGUCCAUUAUCGAUGUCCCCUCCUGCCCCAUUGCCACAGCACCGAUUAAUGAAGAAUAUCAGAGAAUACGAAACAAUCUCCUUCAUCAACCCUAUCAUAAAUCACUCGGAGCUACGUUGCUCUUGCGACAAGCCAAUGUGCACAAUGAUACCGUCGUCACGGAUCAUAACGAGUACAUGACCACCACUGUCAAUGACAUUGAUUUUACCUAUCAAGCGGGAAAUUUCUUUCAGAACAAUUUGUACAUUUUACCCCAAAUGGUAGAUUUGGUCAUGGAACAGGCAUCGGCUCCAGCACCGGAUGGUCAGACCAGAAUGACCCAUUUUGUCGAUUGCUACUGCGGCAGUGGACUCUUUUGUCUUUCGGCCGCACAACACUUUGAUACUUGCGUCGGCAUUGAAAUCAACAAGAAAGCCAUUCAAGAAGCCACACAAACGGCCGCCAACAAUUUACUACAACACAAGUGCACCUUUGAAGCAUCCCGCGCCGAGGCUAUUUUUGACAAUCCACACGUGCAAACAUUUCCCCGGGAUACCACAGUCGUCAUGCUGGAUCCACCCCGGAAAGGAUCGGAUGAAUUGUUUUUAAAGCAGCUGCAAGAGUUUGGACCACAACGGAUUGUGUAUCUGUCGUGCAAUCCGGCGACACAGGCCCGGGAUGUCCAGCAAAUGGUGUCGUGGGGAUAUGAGAUUACCUUGGUACAACCGAUUGAUCUGUUCCCGCAGACGCGUCAUAUCGAGUCACUGACCGUGUUGGAGCGACUGUAG